UGGUACCUGUUGCUGGUUCUUUUUCCAGGUCAGCUGGCUGCAGGUACAUGUGAGAUUGUUACUUUGGACAGAGAUAGCAGUCAGCCCCGAAGGACUAUAGCCCGACAAACAGCUCGCUGUGCAUGUAAAAAAGGACAGAUUGCCGGUACAACAAGAGCAAGGCCAGCCUGUGUUGAUG